AUAGUUUUUCUUUUCUGAAACUGUUUAAUCUGUCAUAUUAUGAUCUGGGUUGUUUGCAUUUUCUUAUUAAGUUGUGGAAAUAAUGGACAGUUUGGUUUGAAUCACUGUUAUGUUUGGUGAUUCCAUUAAUUUCUACUUUGUUUCUGCUCUGAUUAGUGAUUUUCAUUGUGGGGUUUCUUUACUUUAGUGAAUGGAGUGUUCCCCCCACCUUCGAACCCAAACCCCAUCUGUUCAUUCAUAAUAGCAUCUCCUUUGGAUUUCUUUGUCUGUGUUUUUAGGGUUGUAUGAAGAAUCUGCAACUUUUGAAAGCUGAUUUAGUGUUAGAUAAUGGGGAAAUAGAUAGGGAGAAGAAGAAGAAGAAAGCACUUUUUGGGUUUGUCAACAUAGAGGAGACAAUGGUUUAAUAACCCAUUAGAUAUCUUUGGAAUGACAGGGAAAGGUGCAUUGCUCUGUACUAGCCCUGAAACUUUCCCAGUGAGAUUUAUUGCAAUGGCCUUAAUGGGAGGCUUUUCUCAUCGCCUCUGUAUGAAAAGUGUCUGGCUUCUGGGUGGUUCUUUGGUUUCAGCCCCUUGAUUCUAUAAGAGGAAUUCAUGGCUGUGACGGCUUCGCUGUACCAUUUGCUUUUUUCGGUAUUUGAAUCUCUACUGUGAGUUAUUUCAUGUGAGAUCCCACGUUGGUUGGAGAGGGGAGCGAAUAAUUUUUUAAAACGGUGUAAAAACUUCUUACUAGUAGAAGCGUUUAAAAACCGUGAGACUGAUGGUUAUAUGUAACGGUCAAAUACUAUCUGCUAGCGGUAGACUUGGGUUUGUUCAGUUGAUUCAGUCUUCUACUGAGUGGCAUCGCUUACUCCUUCAACAUUUGAGUCUCCCCAACCAUCUUCAAUGGAGCAAAUUUUCUAGAGGAACCGAACUCAACGGCUCGAGAACAGAUUCCAGCUUCAAUUAUCACUUGUAGACCCUUUUGAAUUGCUUACAACCUUGGCUACAUCAACUUCUAUAAUGUAAGGUAUCGCUUUAGCCAAGAACAGAGUGAUGGAUGUGCUUGAACAGUUCAUUGAUCGAUUAUAGAAGAGGAAGUAACAGAGGCACGCUGGUGUAGCAGGACGAGUUGACCAUGGCCUCGACUUCUUUUGCUGGCAGGAAGCAACUGCCAGUGAUUGAAGCUACUUCUAGCUGUAUUCCAUACCCACCACCGCAGACAACAUAUGAGGAUAUUGUAGCUAAUCCAAAUAUCUUUAUGGCAUCCUUGGAAAAGCUCCAUUCUGUCAUGGGAACUAAGUUCAUGAUCCCGAUUAUUGGUGGGAAAGAACUAGACCUGCAUCGACUUUUCGUGGAGGUUACUUCUCGUGGUGGCAUUGAGAAGGUUAUAAGAGAGAGAAGAUGGAAAGAAGUAACUUCAGUUUUCAAUUUCCCUUCAACGGCCACCAAUGCCUCUUUCGUUCUCAGGAAGUAUUAUCUUUCGUUGCUUCAUCAUUUUGAACAGAUUUACUUCUUCAAAGCUGUGGGAUGGACACCAAUAAUUUCUGAUUCCUCUCUGUGCCCAAGUGCAGCGACGAUUCCUACCCAAGGGACGGCCUCUAUGUUACCACCAUCAGAUAAUCAGGCGGCGUCCCAGCCUCCACGUAGUACUGCAACUGAACUUCCAGCAGUUGCUCCGGGAUCGACAUCUCCAGCAGGAGGGUUUCCAGUGAUCGGAGUCAUUGACGGGAAAUUUGAUAGCGGAUAUCUUAUUACUGUUACUGUAGGGACGGAGAAGCUAAAAGGUGUGCUUUAUCAGGCUUCUUCUGAGCAACCUACUCAGCCUGUUGGUGUUUUUGCCAAAGAUGGUACACCAAAUGCUCAUCAGCAUCGCCGUCGGAAGAAAUAUGAGAUAAAACGAAGGGAUCCCGGUCAUCCGAAGCCAAAUAGAAGCGGCUACAACUUCUUCUUUGCUGAGCAGCAUGCUAGACUCAAACCAUUACACCCGGGGAAGGACAGGGAGAUAAGCAGAAUGAUUGGUGACCUUUGGAAUAAACUUAAAGAGUCUGAAAGAAUAGUUUACCAGGAGAAAGCUAUGAAAGAUAAAGAACGAUACAGAGUCGAGAUGGAGGAUUACAGAGAGAAGCUGAGGACAGGCCAAGUCAUCAGUGAUGCAGUGCCUUUACAGCAGCGUCUUCCCGAGCCAGACCUGAAUAUGGUCUAUGCUGACAAGAAUGAAGAAACGGAGGAUGGCGAGUCUCCACAAACCCCAGAUAAUGAUACAAGCUAUGUUGAAGGCAACUCCGGAGAGUAUAAAAUGGAAGUGAAGGAGGAGGACGAAGAGGAGGAAGAGGAGGACUCGGAAGAAGAUGCAUCUCCGAAAGGAAUUGGUAUUGUGGAUGUUAAUGCUUUGGUCGAGGAGGAACAGUGCAAGACGGGAACAGCCGAAGAGGAUGUUAGAAAAGAGAGUAGCACAGUUGGGGACGAUAAAGAAGUGUACGCCGGGGAGUCGGUAAUGAUGGAGGUGGAUGCAAAGGAAGAACCAGAACCAACAACAGACAUUCGAGAAAAUUAAGGUACUAUACUGCUCAGUUUUUGCAGAGCCUCAUCAUGUUUCCCUGUCUCUUGCUUCCAUUACUAAAGCUAAUACUUGUAAAGUUUUCAAGUUUUCUGAAAGACUUUGAGAUUCUUAUCAGGGAAAAGUUUUGGAUCUUUCCAUCACUUCUGUUUUGGGAAGAAAUUUUGUUGCCUUUUGUUGAACAUUCCAACUGGAAUCACUCCCUGAUUUGUUUAUAAGCGAAGCCGGUUAUUAGUAGCAGGUCGAGA